AUGGCGAAUCGAACGGUGAAGGACGCCAAAUCUAUUCGGGGAACAAAUCCUCAAUAUCUUAUUGAAAAAAUCAUAAGAUCUCGAAUAUACGACGCUAAAUAUUGGAAAGAAGAAUGCUUUGCAUUAACAGCAGAAUUACUUGUAGACAAAGCUAUGGCAUUGCGAUAUAUAGGCGGUGUCCACGGCGGCUUCAUAUACCCAACACCUUUUCUGUGCUUAGUUUUAAAAAUGCUGCAAAUACAACCUGAAAAGGAUAUUGUGGUUGAGUUUAUUAAAAACGAGGAGUUCAAGUAUGUACGCGCAUUGGGCGCUUUUUAUUUGAGGCUUACGGGUACUUCUGUGGACUGUUAUAAAUAUCUCGAACCAUUAUACAAUGAUAAUAGAAAAUUACGGCGGCAAAAUCGUCAGGGACAGUUUGAAAUCGUGCAUAUGGAUGAGUUUAUUGAUGAAUUACUUCGGGAAGAGCGACUGUGCGAUGUAAUUUUACCGCGAAUACAGAAAAGACAUGUUCUCGAAGAGAACAAUGAAUUAGAUCCUAAAGUAUCAGCUUUAGAUGAUGACUUGGAUGAAGAGAUGGCCUCAGAUGAUGAUGUAGUAGAACCGGAAUCUAAAGAAAAUAGAAGAGAUACUGAGAAGAAGGAUAGGGAAAGACGAAGAGAUAGAUCACGGGAUAGAGACAGGCGUGAAAAAGAACGAAAAAGGGAUCGUUCGAGAAGCAGGGACCGCGAUAGGCGACGUGAAAGAGACAGGGAACGCGAAAGGGAGCGUGAAAGACCAAGAGAAAGGGACAGAGAUAAAGAUAGAAGAGAUAGACAUGAACCAGAUAGGAGGAGGGAUAGAGGAAGAUAUUAG